AGAUUUUGUGAGAAAAAAAAAAGAAAAGAAAUUAAAAACGUUUGAUUUAUUGUCUUUUUCACUUAAGGGGUUAUGUAGAAUUGUGCACAAAAUUGCACAUAAAUAUUUGGAAAAUUAUCUGGUGCUGAUAGAACUUUUGUCGAAUUUAUGGAAGAAUAAUAUUGAAGUAAGGUGGGACUCAUCUUUUUAUUUUUGAGCCCUACAAGUGAAUUUCAGACACCAUAUUAAUGGAAAAAGAAGGAGGAACCAUCGUAUCGGGUGAAGAUGGUAUUACCACAAUUUGUGUGCCUAGGAGGGAUAGUUACUUGCAUUCUGUAGGCAUGUGGGUUGGAGAUAAUCCAUUUGAUUUUGUUGUUCCUGUCACGUUGUUCCAAAUCAUUAUCUUCAUUAUAGCUUCCCGAAUAUUGUACAUUGUUCUCAGGCCUCUAAGCACACCCAAAUUCGUCUGCUAUGUUCUGGGUGGCAUUCUCGUAGGACCAUCAAUUUUGGGCAACCAUUUAUUUGAAGUUGUAUAUCCUCCUAUACAAUCUCCAAUUUUAUUCUUGUUGGGAAGGUUAGGUGCUGCAUAUAGUGUGUUCUUCAUUACACUGAAAAUGGACAUAGUCCCAACUAUAAAAGCAGCAAAAAAAUAUUGGAAAUUAGGUUUCAUGCCGUUCUUAAGUUCUUUUCUUGUUAUGUACACCCUAACACACUAUACCAACUUGGAAUAUAGAGGUAAAUUAAAGCAACCAAGCAUCCCUUGUUGGACUAGUUUUCCGGUUGUCUCAGAUUUCUUGAUGGAACUCAACCUUAUAACUAUGGAAAUAGGUCAGAUCGCUCUGUCUACGGCUAUCGUGUCCGAAAUGUGUCAGUGGGUCGUGUUGAUAACCUACGUGUUAGCGACAAACACACUAAACUUCUCGUUUGCAAACCUAAGUUUCCUUGUGGCCUUCUUGAUGUUCUUGUGCUUUGUUGUAAGACCAAUAAUGAAGGUGAUAAUUAAAAAAACACCAAAGGGGGAACCGGUAAAACAAGGUUAUGUUAUUAUGGUCCUUCUAGGUGUUAUUGGCAUGGCAACAAUUAGUGAUAUCAUUGGAAUAACGUUCAUAAUGGGACCCACACUUUAUGGUUUGUUUAUCCCUAAUGGUCCCCCUCUGGCAACAACAAUAGUGGAGAGGUCUGAAGUUGUUAUAUCGGAACUUAUUAUGCCUUUUUUCUAUUUGACGUUAGGCACAACCACAAAAAUAAGUAGCAUUAUUGAUGAAUAUUGGUACCAAAAUUUGAUGGUUGAGUUUGUUGUAUUGUGUGGGGUCACGACAAGAGUGCUUGUAACUAUGGUCCUUGGUAUGGCGCAUAAUUUAAGAUUAAAACAUGGGUUUAUUCUUGGUCUUAUGAUGAGCAUUGAAGGCAUACUUGACCUAAUCUUAUUUCAUGGGAUGAUGAGAGCACAGUGUAUCAAAAUUAGAUUGAUCAUUAAUGUUUACAAAGCAUAUUUGUAUAAUUUCUACAAUUACAUAUUUGUUAUACUCGAGCUUCAUGCUUUGUUGAUAACCGCUAUUUCUGCACCAUUGAUAAAGUUCUUAUACAAACAUCAUCCUCGUUUGUCAAAAGAACCAAGUGCACAUGAUGCAAGAGUGAGAACAAUCCAAAGCACUUCUUUAACAUCAGAAUUUAGCAUCAUUUCUUGCGUACACAAAGACACAGAUGUUCCUAGCAUGAUUGCGCUUCUAGAAUCCUUUAACACCUACCAAGAGAGUCCUCUGUGUGUCCACGUCAUACACCUUGUUGAGCUCUUGGGAAAAAGUACACCCAUUCUUCUUCCUUUGAAAAAGAAAAACAAGAAGGUCAAAUCAUCUGCCAUUUAUCUUGAAACCAACCACAUCAUGCGAGCAUUUGAGAACUACUCGCAAAACUCUGCAGGUGCGGUAACCGUGCUUUCGUAUGUCAACAUUGCGCCUUACAAGAUCAUGCAUGAGUCUGUUUGUAAUCUUGCCGACCACAACCGGGUACCUUUGAUUCUCAUCCCUUUCUAUGAAUACAACCAAACCAUUAAUAGCCAUGACGGAACCUUUAUUCGUGACCUUAACACCUCCUUUCAACUAAAUGCAAGAUGCACAAUAGGCAUCCUAGUGGACAGAUAUUCAACAUUGGCUUUGAAUGCAUCCUUAUCAUGUUUUCAUGUGGCUAUCUUCUUCCUUGGUGGGCAAGACGAUAGAGAAGCACUAGCAUUAGGUAUUAGAAUGUUGGACCGUAUAACCAUAAAGGUCACACUAGUGCAAUUCAUUGUACAAGAGCAACACAACUUUGAUAGCGGCAACCCAUCAUCAUCAUCAUCAUUAGGGUUAGAUAAUAAUAAUAAUAAUAAUAAUAAUAAUAAUAAUAAUAAUAAUAAUAAUAAUAAUAAACCAGUAGAAGAAGAAGAAGCAAAAGCAGAUAAGAUAUUGGACGAAUGCUUGGUAGAUGAAUUCAAGGGGAAGAAGAUUGUCCACAACAAUGCUAAUUUUCAUGAAAUUUUGGUAGAAGAUUCCAUAGGUGUUUUAGAAGCGAUUCGGGGCAUGGAGAUGGAGAUAUAUGACCUUGCCAUUGUCGGAAAGAGGCAUCAAUCUAUGAGUAUCACGGAUGAAGAAAUGAUGGAUUUUAUGGACAACGCGGAUCAAUUAGGAGUUAUUGGCGACAUGUUAGCGUCCACAGAGUUUUAUGGUGGGAAAAUUUCACUCUUGGUGAUGCAAUGUGGAGGGAGGAAGGUUUUGGAAAAGAAAACCUCUACUAAUCGAGGUUUAAAACUUUAAGAUUUUAGAAGGUCUUUUUUGUUUUAACCAAUAAUUUAAUCAAUCAUAUUACAUGUACAUUAGAAAUUUGUUACCAGUAUAGAAAUAUAUGAAGUGGCUUCACAUUCAUAAUUGCACGAACAAUGAACUUCAUAAUUGCACGAACACGACUAUGCCAACGAUACCCUCUUCACUAUCCAAAUCUUGCUCUCCAUCGUCCUUUGAUGAAGAAGAACUAUGAAAGAAGUUGUGUUUAGGUUUUUCACCAGAGAAGAGUUGUGUUUCUAGCUUGUUUCUCCACUUGUAGCGCAUAAAAUGGACUUACAAUUUUUGCCUUACUCAAUUC